AUGGCAGCGGAGCAGGAGAAGCCCCAUGGAAGGGAGGCGAUGAGGGCGAAGCUGGACGGGCAGCUGGGCGCGGAGUUCAUACGAGAGCGACCGGGCCCGGGAGGGCAGAAGUUACAGUACGUGUCGGAGGCGGAUGUGAUCCGGAUCAUGAAUGAUGUGUUCGGGUUUGAUGGAUACAGCACGGCGGUGUUGGAUGUUCCGUCCCCGUGGCCGGUGAACGAGAUCAGCGAUGGUAAGUGGGAGGUCAUGGCGAUGGCUCGGGUGCGGAUCACGGUGUAUGUGGACGGACGGCAGGUGUCGCGGGAGGCGGCCGGUGAAGGGAUGAUGUCCGGGACGCGGGAUCGAUUGAUGGCCAUGGGAAAGACGAUGAAGGAGGCGGAGACAGACGCGCUGAAGCGGGCGUUCCGGCAGUUUGGGGAGCUGCUGAACUGUGUGUACGACGAGGAGUACCUGGUGAAGCUGUCGUGUGACGAUGAGGUAGGCCGGUACGCGCAUCAGUCGAAUCUGGGGAGAUAA